AUGGGAAACGCAGCCACAAAGGAGGCCAGGCCUUCGGGCCUCAGGCAUGGACAGUCGCGCACAUACCAUGAUGCGGAUUCGUCCCGUGGCGGAGGCUCGCAGGAGCGGUCGUUCCUCGGAUUGUCAAGCAUGGAUAGGGGCACGUCGUCAUCGGAGCCGCGGCGGGAGACAAGACAGGAGCGAGAAGCUCGAAAGCGUGAAAAGGAACGAGCGGCAAGGAUCAAGGAGAGAGAGCGGAGUAUGAAAACAGAGCACGUUGAUGGUGGCUAUCUCGUUACGCAGGGUGUCUACGUUGGUACAGAGGACUUCAACAAGCCGAUUGUUCGCCAGUUGAUGAUCGAACGACGAAUUGCCCCGUUCUGGAGAGGCUUGCAGGACUUCUCGUCGUCCUGGGCAGAACAUCAGAUCAUGGCUGCCGCCCGAGGUCUACCUAUCCCCCCAGCAGACGAAGUCCCUCCAGAGCUCGAGUACAAGGCACCACCUCCAGUGUCCCAGGAAGACCGGCAAAGUGACAAAUUUCUCAGUGCUCUCACUGUCCCAAUAACGUCCAGGUCACAGUCUUUCAACUCUGACAGCUCAGCUGGCGCACGCAUGACUUCUCCCCAGCCUCAGUCCCCAGCCGGCGCCAACACCUCUGGCUCACAGCUAUUCAGAGGCCGAGCUAAGACACUGGCAUCGUUGACCACUUCAUCCAAAUCCAAUGCGAACAUGGCACCGCGGGAAUUCCAGCUUCCGCACGAUCCGUUUGUGAACGGCCAGCCAAUCGAGGUCUACCUCUACAAAGACCCCAUGGAAUGUCCCAUUUGUUUCCUCUACUACCCACCAUACCUCAACAAGACCAGGUGUUGUGACCAACCGAUCUGUUCAGAAUGCUUCGUGCAGAUCAAACGAGCUGAUCCACAUCCUCCCGAACACGAACAGCCUGGAGCAAACCCGCCCCGGGAAAGUGAGUCACAGACAAACGAAUCUGAGCAACAGCUUGUAACCGAACCUGCUGCCUGCCCUUUUUGCGUGCAGCCCGAGUUUGGUGUAACAUACGCGCAACCCCCGUUCCGUCGUGGUCUCGCUUACGCACCAGGCCAUGGCCAGCAUCAUCUGGCAACAGUAGCGUCGCCAAUGUCGUCAUCAAGCUCUUUAAACUCGGCGAAUGCAAGCCCUGGUACGACGACGACGACACGACGACGUGCUACCUCCUUAUCUGCGGAUGCACCCGGAGUUAUCACUACUGAUAAGAUUCGUCCUGAUUGGGCGCAGAAGUUAGCUACUGCUCGGGCAAAUGCUGCAAGACGAUCAGCUGCCGCUACUGCUUUGCACACUGCAGCAUAUCUAAUGAACAACAACAGCAAUAACAACAACAGUAAUAGCACGCCCAGUUCGAAUAGUGAAUCCAGAAAUCUGGCAAACAUUGGAAGAAGGGCUCUCCUGCGCAGAGGCACGGGGAAUGAUAGCCCAACAGCCCGGAACAACUCCACCCAUGUCAAUGCCUUCGCUUAUCUAGCCGAGAGACGCGCCGCGGAGCGUAUCGACGGCGAUGAGCAAUCCAAUAGCCCUGCGAGAGGUAAUGCUUCAAGGCGAGAACGGAGCAGAGCGGAAGAGAUAGAAGAGAUGAUGAUAAUGGAAGCUAUCCGCCUCAGCCUUACUACCGAAGAAGAGAGGCGGAAGAAGGAGGAGAAAGAGGCUAAGAAAGAAGCGAAGAAGCGCGAAAAGGAAGCUAAAAGAGGCGGAAAAUCGGCAGCUCAGAACGAAGAAACCUCUAGCACCAAUGAAAGCAGCAAUUCUGCUCUCAACCUUGCUACCCACGGCCUUGCUGCUUCUCCUGAUGCCGGACCUUCAGCAGAUAACAUCCCCUCGCAGGAUAAGGGUAAAGGUGUAGCUCACCUAGCUCCAGCAGAUCAAGGGGAACCAUCAUCAUCAUCCCAGACUGCCGAAAAGCCGCCCAAAUUAACACUCAACACUCCUCUUGCAGGCGAAUCUUCCACUCAAGCAGGGACAUCCCCCUCGCCAAAACCACAUCUACGCUCGCAGUCAAGUGCAUCGUCGUCCGACAUAUCGCUGGUCGAGUCCGCCUUUGACGACCAAAAGGACACCGGCACUCCCAACGGCUCAGCUCCAAACAUCGACGCCGUGUUUAAUUUCCGCAGCCUCGCAGCCAUGGUCGGUGAUGCUGAGAACGAACGAACCGAGACCUCCAGCCAGCCGGUUCCCGUCCCCGUAAGCAAUCAGGCUGGCGACUCGGGGACUUGUGAUCGUCAACGCGAAAGUCCAAGAGCCGAUGACCACUCGUUUGAAGGGAAAGAAGCUCAGUCCCGAUCUACGGAGAUAUCCUCCCAAUCUCCUAUCAGUUAG